AUGGGUUACGGCAAGACACUCACUACGAUCAUGACUACGAUGAGACCGAAGGGAAUGCCUUACCAAGGCCCUGUAUGGAUUAUAGUGCCGAAAACGCUCGUUCCCCACUGGGAGGAACAGUUUUCGUGCUUCGAGCCGGUGGAUCGCCCGUCGGUGUUUGUUUUGACAGACAAGGACAUGUCAGCGCGCGAGCUGGCUGAGGCCAAAGAUGAUUUCAUCAUCAUCACUCCGCAGUACCUGAGCGCCCGGUAUCUGGAAUGGCAAGACGCCACUCAACAAGCCCGAUCCGGUCUAUAUAUCCUCGGCAGACCAGUAGCCCGAAGACAAACAUCGUCCAGGUUAUGGCAGACGAACUGUGUCUUCGACAUCGAAUGUUGGACAUCCCUGGGCCUUCACUUUCCCUUCGCCAUCUUCGACGAGGUACACGGAGCGAAAAAUCCCCAUGCGAUCAUCAACAGGGCAUCAGCGGCGCUCGACGCCAGGGCGAAACUUCUGGUCAGUGGAACUCCUAUGAAGAACAGAGUCUUCGAUGCCUUUGGGAUUCUCAAGAUUCUGCCCGGAUGCCCCUUCGCGACGGAGAAUGCGUUUUUGCGAGUCCUCAGUGUCAACCCAAAGGCGCGAGGGCCGCCGAAAUUGCGAUUGAGAAGACUUGCCCAGAUUCUCGACGCAUGCACGAUCGUCUGCCCUCACGAGGCCCUGAAUCUUCCAGACCUCGUCGAGCACACAGUCGAGGCCGAACUCCUAGACGAAACGGUCCUCGACAUCGCCAUGAUCGCUCACCAGUUCCACCGUCUCGCGGUAAUCUCUGGAGGGGGCCGUCGGCGAAGACCCCAGAAUACAGGACAUGGCGCCGCCCUUUCUUACGCCACCCGUGCAAGACUGAUGGCGACCUCCCCUAUCUUUAACCGUCCAAGCCCAAGUCAAGAGAAAGACAUGAGGUCGACAAGGGAGAGGUUCGGAGAAUGGUGCACCGAGAAGGGCCACGACAAGCUGACGAUCGCGCGCAACCCGGAUUUGCUCCGUGAGUUUGCGCAAUCCGUACAGAGGAAGAAGUGA